CAUAUUUCUCUGAAGCUAUCAAUAUAUUGUUUUUUCGUUUUCAGCCCACUGUUUGAAAUCAUUCUAAACAUUUCGACUUUUAAGGAUGACCCCUCUUUGGUUUGAUUUUUAUUUUUUUCUGUUUAUGUUUUUUUCUGGUCGAUCGCCGUCCGCCGGUGGUUUGAAAACAGUAAAAUAAUAACAACGAUUUGCUUACAGUUUCUGGUAAUGUUUUCAGUGAAUAAAAGUGCUAACAACUAAUUAAGCUGGACAACAAAAAGUCUUUCACUAUCAGAUUCUGCUAGUUUAUAACACCCGAGUGAGAGUAAGAAUUCACGAUGGGUGACGACAGCCUACUCAUAGAACGUGCCACAGACCUUAUCAAAUGCUGCAAAUUACCCCGGUUAACUCGUAGCGUCGAUGAAGCUCCCCUCACACCGGCUACAUUCCAGGAGUUCUUAGCAUGCCUCAACGCAACCCUACCGAAAAUCUUCGAUCUCAUCACACAGCACGGCAACAGACUGCUCGGCUAUGACCCAUACAACCAGGAUAACCUGGACUUCCGGCUUCAGUUAGUACUCAUCGUGACGGAACAACUUCAUGAUCCACAGGGGCCUGUUCUUGAUUUCCAAACCGAACAUCUCGUCUUUCGAGCUCAAAUCAGUCGAAUCUACAGUGAAGGACUGCUGGAGAACAUUGUCCUAGGGGAAGGAGCGGAUCAGCUACAAAAGCACCUUUGGCAGCACUAUCAGAAGGUGCUUCCCGGCAAGGAAUGGAUGUUCCAUCUAGGUGAUUUGCUAAGUUUUAUUCGAAUUUGUGAGUUGCUGUUCAGUGGACUUCUGCCAAAUGUUCCUGAGUUGACACAAUCAAUUGCAUCGUUGAUGCUUUCGAUCGGCAUAUCAUUAGUUGAGUACCACGAUCCAGAAUACGAACUUUUUGGCCUGCGAUUGUUCAAUGUGCUGCUGAACAAAGAACACCGCAAACUGAUGAUGGAUAGCAAUAUCCAUCAGGUCGUGUUCCAGAACGCUUUUCGGCUAAAUGCCAAGUCUAAAAAAGAACAAUUUCUGCGUAAUCUUUGGCAGUGCCACUAUCAGUAUCUCGAGUUGACCGAAGCACACAGUAAGGAUUUUUCUAAGUGGUCCAAACUAGACGACGUCAUCGAAACCCUUCUGGAUGGUCUAGCUUUCGAGCAAAAUUUGGAACAAUCAUCGGUUCUGCUGCUCUAUUUGCUGAAAUUGCUGACCAUCGAUCUGCCAAACCACACUAUUGAUGAUCUCGAUGAUAUCCAAGCGCUGGACAACAAGUGUCACCUAUACGAGCCGGUGCUGGAAGACCUAAGAAAGCUGUGCGCCCUCGAAUUCCGUAAUCGUCGGUUCUACCGGUGGCAGAAACGUCUCCUAUCCAUGUUACCAUUCGAGCUGGAAAAGGCAACUAGUGGCAUCAGUCGUGAACAUGGAAGAUAUAUGCAUGGUGUAAAUCUGCUCUUCGUGCUAGUCGUUUUUGCCAUCGAACCGGAGGCCAUCGACAGCACUCUGGAAGCGAAAACUGCGCUAGUAAACUUUUUGAUCACAUUCAAGCAGCACAUGCGGGACCAGUACGGCCGGAUUCAAGCGAUCCGGGGCAAAUGUGAUUUUCUUCACUCGCUUAAGGCAUCCGUUUCCUGCGACAAAUCGAUUUCCGUGUUUGGACGCUCCGUGGUCGAGCGCUACUUCAAGGAUUGCCCAGAAAUGCUAACCUUGUUUGGACCGGAUGGCGAGGAGUCUUAUCAGGAAGAUAGAAUUUUCUACGAGUGCUUGAAAGAGCUGCAGCGCAAUAAUUGAUUUGGCUGCUUUUAAAAUUACUUCGACAGUAGGUUUAAUAAUAUGACUGUUUGUAAUCAAUAGAUAAUAGCGGGAUUCUACUGUAUAUAUUUCGAGCUAUCUGAGCUCGUUUUUUUCUGAAUUAUAAAUUUUAUUUAAGAAUAUUCUUAUACUAUACCAACAUUUUGUGCAUAUUGAUUACUGUUUGCAUACUCAAAGGCGCUUAUCGCGCUCACUUUUUAUAACGACUAAAAUGCAAGUUUAUUAAAACAAAAUGUUAAAGUAAUUUGUUGUAAGCUGUAUUCCCUUUGUGUUUUUUGCAUAAGAUGUGAAACAAUUUUUAAAUUGAAAAAAAUACGUUAGUUUUUUCUUAUCAAAUGUAUUUCAACAAAAAAAAGUACAUUUGGUAAAAUUUCACAAAAAAGAAGAGUACGCCAUUUUUCGAUCGAAAAAAAGUACAUGUUCUCUUAACCUUCCAAAGCUGUUCGCAAAAUUUCCGUACAAAUCUAUUUAAGAUAAAUUUUACCUGUAGUUUACGUAAGUUCUCCUGGCCGCAAAUAUUGACCGAUUUCGAUGAAUUUUAAUUCAUUGUAUAGAUAAUUUAUUCUAGUUUCUCAAUAUCGAAAAAUAAUUUCGAAAUAUUUUACAAGAUCACCAGUAGCUGAUUCCGAAUGAAAAAAGUCCCGAAAAAGAGCUCUUUUUAGAAUGCUUAUUAUAACUUGUGACAGGUUUCAAAUAUCGCGCUGAUUUUAUAAUAUUUGGAAUUGUCAAGAAUAAAUCUAUCCAAGGAUGUAUAAUUUUCUGGUGGUCCAAAGGAAGUUUUGGCCGCUAUCCCGGAACUUCCGGUAGGAAAAAAAUCAUACUCCAAAAAGUCACCCAAUUUUGGCUUUGCAUUGCUGUAUCUCGCUUACCAAUGGACCGAUUCUCUAAAUUCAAAUUUUAGUUUUUUUUAGUUAACUUGAUUAUUAUUUUCGUAGAACAUAGUUGGUUCCUCAAAAAUCUCAGUUGUUCAGUAUAUUGUAAUGAAACUCACAUCUUUUUUGUCAUUUUUCAAACUCCCCCUCGUGUCGGUGGGUUUACGGGAUUUUGAUAGCGUGAUUUCUCUAAAAUUUGAACUCAAAUAGGUCACUUUUUAUAUACCUAGAGAUUCAUUAGAAUCUCUUCUUUCGAUUGACAUACUUUUUGUGUGGUGUUUUGAAAAUUUGUAGCAACCAUUUUCGAAUUUACUGAAUGCUGCCAGAUUUCAGCCAGUUUGGCCCACGUUUUCAGCAGGUUGGUGUACAAAUCUCGCACCCCUCACGUAGCCGCGGGAGAAGCAAAUCCUUUAGCUCUCUUUUUGUCCCUCACCAAAUCUACCACCCAACCCAGAAGCAGGAGGAACUGCCGUCUCGCCGAGUGGUUUAUUGAUUGAUUGUGCUGAUGCCUCUUUGCGUAGUAAAUGUUUUGAUUUUAAAAUAGAAAAAGAUUAUUUCUACAAAUUGAAAUAUGCUUCUUGAAUCUUUUUAGAUAUUUUAUCAUAAGAAUUCUUCAGUGAUACAUUUGUUUUGAAUGUUAUAAGCAUUCUAAAAAGAGCUCUUUUUCGGGACUUUUUUCAUUCGGAAUCAGCUACUGGUGAUCUUGUAAAAUAUUUCGAAAUUUUUUUUCGAUGUUGAGAAAAAAAGAAUAAAUUAUCUAUACAAUGAAUUAAAAUUCAUCGAAAUCGGUAAAUAUUUGCGGCCAGGGGAACUUACGCAAACUCUUGGGUCAUAUAGACCCGAACAGCCUAAUUACGGAUUUUUUUGAGCGAGCACUUCCGGUGGUCACAGGAAGUUGCCUAGUACUACAGAUUGUGUAUUUCGUGAUUCCCCAGGGAAGUUUUCAAAAUCAAAUUUUUGCGAUUUUUUCUCGAAGAGUUAUGAUGAUUUGAAUGUGCGCUUCGGGUCAUAUUGACCCGAACGACUUUGGAAGGUUAAAAGAGUACGUAUGGUAUCCCUAGUUUAAAUGCCUUUUCCUGUUAUAUAAGAGCGAAAAGACAAAUUAAGUCAGCCUGAUUUGUAAGAUCAAUAAAAAGCUCAAAAUUUACACAAGCAGAACAUUCAAUGUACA